UAUGAUAAUAAUAGUAUUGAUUAGUGCUAUAUUUUGUGCUGAAGUAAAAUUGAAAGUGGAAUCAUCACCUAAAGAUAUAAGGAGAAUAAAUGGAAGAGCUGAAUUUGAUGGUAAGAUUUAAAAAUUUAAUUAGUAAUAUAGCAUAGGAAUAUGAAACAUCAUGUCAAUGUGAAUCUACUACUACACAACUUCAUGUUGGUGAAACCUUUUGUGAUCCUACUAAAGUUUAAUUACAUUAAGACUUUGCAGGAGAUGAUGGCAAAACAGCCUCUUUUGAAUAAAUUAGACAUUUAAUUGGACCUCUUAAUGAAUUAUAAUUUGGAGAUCCUAACAGCUAUCAUUUUUCAUGUUUAGAUGGAAGAAAUGAAUAAGGUGUAUUAGGAACUCCUGGAGGUGAUUCUGGUGAAUUCUUGUUAGCUUUAUAAGUAUAUGAAUAAACAAUUAAUACACCAUUGACUUAAGAUACUGUUGAUAGCAUUUUAAGCAAUUACUUAUAGUAUAUGAAAUAAGAUGGAUUUUAUAUGUGUACAGAUGAUGAUGCUAUAAGACAUUUGGAAAAAGAAUUAGGUAUGACUUUGACAGUUGAUGCCUUAAUUGAUCCUCCUAAUUCAGUAUAUAUUAUUUAAUAUGUUAGUUUAAAGAUGAUCUUUUAACAUCACUUUUAAAACCAGAAAAUACAGGUUGUAUGCAUUUAAAGAGUAUUUUAAAGAAUCCUGAAAGUUAUGAUAUGAGACCUGAUUUAGUGAGAUAUUUUCUUAGAAGUUAUUUCACAAUAUUAUGGAAUAAGAGUAAUCCUUUACAUCAUAAAUUGAUACUUGAAGUUAUGGCAGGUAGACAUGAAGAGAGAGCAUUUCUUGAAGUUAGAAUAAAUGAAGCUUGUAUAAGAUAAAAUAUGGCACCACUUUUGAGACCAAAAAGAAGAAUUACAUUGGCAAGUGUUCCUUAAGGACCAACAACAACUACAUUCCAUGAAGGUGGAGCUACUGAAAUAUUUUAAGCAUAUGUUAAUCACAUAGAUGCUGCAUCAAUUAGAAGAAAGGUAUUAUUCUUUAAAUAAUAAUAAAAGGAACUAUCAAAAUUCUUUGCUGAGAAUUCAAAUCAUAAUGGAGUUCAUUUUGAAAUUGAUGUUAUGCAUCAUAGAUUAAAUAAAAAAGGAUUAAUGUAUUUAGAAAUUACUGGAUAAAAAAUUGCUAGAUAUUUACCAUUUUAUACUGUUACAAUAGUUUGA